AUGCAACAGCAACCAGGUGAGAACGACAUAUCAUUUCUUAUGCGAGUGGGCGCAACCGCCAGAUUGUGCGAGUUUGGUAUGGACAAGGAAUUUGAAGAGAUUGUGGGAACAGUGGCGGAACAAGCGCGCAACAGAGAAGUUCGGACUGCGGCCCUUAAACUGUUAAGCCGGAAAGGUACGUUCACCGACUUAGUGGAUGAAGUUCGUGAAAUUGAAGCUAUUCGUUUAAACGAAGAGUACUUCAAUAUGAAACAUGGCAGCCAAACACCGGUGGCGACUAUUGCACGAGUGACGGGUGGAGAGUAUCGUCAGCAGUACAGAGGAAGACCAGCUGGAGUAGCCCGUGGAAGAUAUGCAGCACAACAAAUCCACCGAGACGGGGCAAUGCAAGCUCGAAACUUGACCAAUUGGAGAGGAUCUACCAGCUCUAUCCCGGAGCGUUGCUUCAGAUGUAAUAGUUUGUUUCAUAAAGCAAAUAAUUGCUUCGCCGCGGAUAAAAUUUGCCGGAAUUGUGGUGUGAAAGGGCACCUGCAACGCGCUUGCCGGACUUUCGUGCGAGACAGGCCCAUACAACAACAUAGCGAGCGGGUUACAGACACGAAGCUAUCGGAGAUUUCAGCAGUAACUGCGAAGGAGGAAACUAAACCUGAGGAACCGAUUGAGCAGGAAAAUGUUCCGACAACCCAAGCACAGGACAACGUCGUUUCUGCAAUUACUAAGGUGCCAGGCAUCCGUGACGAUGGUGUGAUAAGGGUGGUUAUUUCAGGAUUUCCUUGUGAUUUCCUUAUAGAUUCGGGAGCGCAAGUGAACACGCUAACUGAGCAUUCGUUCAACCAGUUGAUCGAUGACGAGUCUUGCCGAAAAGGUGUUCAUAAUUUACAAUUCAAAGCGGAUCGAUCUCUUAAGGCCUAUGCGACAUCUGAGCUCCACGACGACAGCCGCCAUUUGACCAAUUUUAUGACGGAGUUCGGGAUGUUCCGUUGUGUCAGAAUGCCGUUCGGACUGUGCAAUGCCCCGGACAUCUUUCAGGAGGUGAUGCAGCGAAAGAUUUUGGGGGGCUGCAAGGGUGUCAGGAAUUAUCUUGACGAUAUAUUGAUAUUUGGAGAGACCAUUGAGGAACACGACAAUAACUUGGCGGCAGUACUGGAGCGACUGGAAGAGCAUGGGGUGGAAAUUAAUAAAUCAAAGGUUACAAGUGAAGACAACGUGGCGGAUGCCUUAUCCCGUCUAAUUCGAUGCUCUCAGGCAGCAGAACCGUUCGAAGAUGAGAAUGAGAAUCAUCUAUUGUACGUGCUAGACGGGGGAAUGGACAUUACGUUGGACGAAAUCGAGAAAAAGUCGGAGACGGAUACUGAAAUGCAAAAAAUUUGCUUAGCUUUGCGGUUUGAUAAGUGGCCGAGAGAGUUGCGGCGCUACGAGUGCCAGAAGAAAGAUCUGCACAAUCUCGGUUUCCUGGUUUUCAAAAACGAUACCAUCGUACUCCCGAAUGCACUCCGAAAAAGCUUUAUUUUCAGCCCAUGGGGCCACGUUGGAGAGAUUGCCAUGAAAAGGAUCAUGCGGCAAUUUUUCUGGUGGCCAGGAAUGGCCAAGGAUACGGAGAACUUUGUUAAGGGCUGA